AUGAAAGGGCUUAAUUAUGAAAGCAAAUUAACUUAUACUUAUAGUAUGUCUUUCGAAUAGAUGAAAAGAACGUUAGAAAUAGAUGGUUUUGAUUGCUUUAGAUUAAAUGACGAUUUAAAGAUUAUUGAAUAUUCAAUCAAUAAUUCAAUUGCAAUUCAAUUAAGUUUACUACUGUAUCUAUAAGAAAUUAACUUGAUAAGAUUUACUAUUGCAUAACAAAUUUAAUUGUGUUAACAUAUCUACUCGAAAUACUUAUAACUUAAAUAAUAAAAUAUUUAACAUAAUUAUUUAAGUUCUGAAAGAAUUUGGUUAAAAAUUCUAAAUAAUCACUAAAUUACAAUAUUACCAAAAAAUCUCUAAUAUUCCAUACAUUUUGUAGGUUUCGAUUGUCCUUUUUAUGAAAAAGAUAAUUAAUAAAACUCUAAAACAGAUGAUGAAUUAACCAUAAAAACUAUCAUAAUAGAUAUCUUGGUCUAACUGAAGAACAAAAAACUCAAAAAAAAUAAAUCUGAUGAUAAACACAUAAAGCUUAAAUAAAUUUUUGAAUUAUUGUUAAAUAAAGGAAUAUAUAUAUCAUUUGAGAACUUCUUAUGUAAUGUUGAUGACAUUUUUUCUACUUUUAGGAAUACAAAUUAACGAUUAAGUGACAUAGUUGAUAAAGAAUUAACUAAAUUUAAUUCGAAAAGGGCAUGGAGGGUCGAGAAUGUUGUUGAGAAUCUCAAGUAAAUCAUCCAAACUCAUUAUAAAAAAGGAUAAUGUUAUCAAUUUUAGUAGAUUUUAUAUUAUACAUUCCCAAAAAUUGCUAAAGAAUUAAAAACUGCAAAAUUUUAUGAAAAUUAAGAAGCAGUAAAAAAUAUCAAUAUAUAUGAUAUCGAUCAACAAUUAACAAUUCAUGAUAAUUACUUUGAUGAAUUAAUAAAUAAAAAUAUAGAAUCAAUAAUGAAAGAUUUUAAGUUCGAAAUUGAUAUGUAAGAUAUUAAAGAAACUAUAAAAUCUGAGUUACGUAAUGAAUUCAAGAUAUUAAAUUAUUUUCUUAAUUAGGUGAAGUAUCAAAAUAAAGAUUUUAAUUAGAUUUUAGCGUAUUUUAAUAAUUUGAAAAAUGAUAUAAUAGUAAAAGUAGUCAGAAAAAUAUUAAUUGAUGAAUUAAGAUUGUAGAUAUUAAAAUUAAUUGAUGAAUUGAUAUGA